AUGCAAAGGUCGGGCAGCGUGUCUGUGCAAGAAGAACCAUGGCAAUCGGCCUCAGCAAGUGUUUCCAACCUUUCCUCAGGCCACAAUCCCAACUUCGAUGAGGAGGCCCCGCGGUCAGCAUUUUCAAUUGUCGAGCCCCCGGCCGACCUGUCCACGCUCACAACCCAUCUCACGGGCCAUGGUACCGAUGAUGCUUUCCCCGACGGAGGACUCCGCUCGUGGAGUGUUGUCGUUGGUUCGUUUUUCCUUUUGAUGAGCACGUUCGGGGUAAUGAAUACUACUGGAAUUUUGCAAAACUACUUCGCUUCCCACCAGUUGUCCAACUAUUCGCCGAGUGCCGUGGGCUGGAUUCCAGGCUUGUUCACGUUCUUCGGUCUGAGUCUAUCAGUCCAGGUUGGGCCGAUGUUUGACCGUUACGGGCCUACGUACAUCCUCAUGGCCGGUACUGCGUGUUAUAUCACGGGUCUUCUUCUUCUGGCUGAAAGUCAUCUUUAUUGGCACUUUGUGUUGACUCUGGGCGUACUAUCUGGGACUGGCACGGCCUUUUUGAGCACAGUAGCCUUGGCCAGUGUGCCUCAGUGGUUUGACCGAAAAGCAGGACUUGCUAUCGGUAUUUCAAUGGCGGGGGCGGGGCUCGGUGGUGUGGUAUUUCCAUUCAUGCUCAGAUCCGGCUUUACUCGACUGGGGUAUAAGUGGACGAUUCGGUUGCUGGCCUUUGUGGUGCUAGUUAUGUGCAUGGUCGGAAUUAGUUUGGUCAGGGCCCGCCUUCCUAAGGGCAGAAGCAAGUCGACUGUCAACUUGCGAUCUUUGCAGGAUGCGAGGUUCACCUGGUUAACUCUUGGUAUAUUCGGACUUGAACUGGAGGUCUUUGCUGGACUGGGUCUUUACCCGACAUAUGUGGUGAUGCAAGGCUUUUCAACCAAUGAUAGUGUUGUUUUGCUCGCCGUUCUGAAUGUAGCCUCCACGAUAGGGCGAUUAGUAGCUGGAGGUGUAGCUGAUCGCUACGGCAGGAUCAACACCCAAACAGCACUCAUCGCCGUGGGCGCAUUCGCGGUGUUUGUCGUAUGGUUGCCAUUUGGCAGCACUCUGGCAGGGCUUUAUGCAUUCUCUGCUAUCUUCGGGUUGGCAUCUGGUUCCUUCUUGAGCCUAGCACCGGCCUGUAUUGGGCAAAUUUCCAAAGCCAGUGAGGUAGGCGGACGCUUCGGGCUAACCUAUUCGAUUGUCAGCUUUGCCACACUGAUCUGUAUCCCCAUUGGUGGUGAGAUGCUCGAUAAAGUCGGAAAGAGAGCCAUGGUCGCGUAUCUUGGGAGUGUCUUGAUUGUUGCGCUCGGGAUGUUCGUAAUGGCAAGAUGGGCCUGUUUGAGCUACAGGUGGAGGUGGCACGCGAAGAUCUAA